CAACGGGCGGGGCGUGGGGCGGGACCGAGAGCGGGGACGGCGGGGAGCAGCGGGGCCGGGCCGCAGGGAGCGGAGCGAGGGAGCCGUCCGGGCCUUGAGGGAGCAGCCAAGGCUUUGGUCUGGGCCUGCGCAGGGCUCCUGCAGGCCCGAGGCCUCCAGGCGCGGCCUUGUCUACAAGGAGCCCGUGGAGCAGUGUGCCCUGCAUGGGAGGAAGAGGAGUGCUGCAGCCUGACAGACAGACACACAGACAGACAGACGGGUGCAUUUGUAGGAAACAGGACAGAUCUCCUCGGCCACGUUCGUUGGGGUUUCAGAGCUAAGUUGCCCUUAAGACUGCUUGUUGGCACCAAAAUGCAGCAAAUCCCUGCAGUUUUAUUGCAAGUCUUGCAGCUUUGCGGUUUGGGGACACUCGCGAGGCAGAGCAGCCAAAAGAAAUAAGAGAUGUGCCACAGCUUUUCCUUAAAAGUAUACCCUCCCUCCCCCCAGCUCUCACUAUUCCUAAGCUAAUCUCCUUUUGCAGUGACUGGGAGCGAUGAUCUGCAAAGCAGCCCCUUGCUGAAAUGACUCAUUUCUAAAUCAAUUAGCCAGAACUGCUGCUGACUGCUGCCGGGCCCAGCUGCCCAACCAGCCAGCUGUUUCCCUGCUGAAGGAGGGCGUUCUGCACAGCAUCCACCCCUUCUCCUGCUGAAUCCCUUUGUGUGCCGUCGUCCUGUGCCCGUGAUGCUCCGUUUCCUUCCCACCUGCUCUCAGCAGCAAUGCAUGCAUUGUCUGGGGUGCUUCGGCUUCCCCAAGGAUCGCAGCCAUCUGCAGACACAGAGAUCUCUUGUGUCAGCCUGCCCGAAACGUGGAGGAGCCAAGAAAAACAAACACAAAAAAGCAAAACAAAAACCCAACAACAACCACAACAGCUUUUUUUCCGCUCUCUGGUUUAUUGGUGCCUGUGUAAUUUUCUUGUGGUGGUUUGUUGAUUUCGCACUUACUGACAUCUGCUACCUGCUCAACCAGGGCCUCCUGCGCCAGCAAUGAGACCCAGAGGAGCUGUUCUGCACUGACUGCAGCCUCCAGCCGGCUUUCAGGAGGGCUGGGUUUGUUUGACGCUUAUGGAAAUUGGAUGCUACAGCAGAGGUUGCACUCCUGGCCUUCCUCCCAUCAGUCAGCCCUCUCCCAUCCCACCUGGCUCCCGUUACAGCAGUCCUCUGCACUAAUCCCAAACCAGCUGUUGCUUUGGGGCAAGCAUCCCCAAGCAAAGAAACGCGUAGAAGAGAAAAAUCUGGAUGUGAAUAAUUGAGAUCCGCCUGGACGCAGAGGCGUCGCCUCGUAGAGCUGGGAGGGAAGAAAGAAGCCAUUUUGGGUCAGAUGUGGGGCUCUGAGGUCCGGCAGGCUGCCUCCAUUGGGUGCAGGGAGCCGCUGCAGCGAGCAGCUGAGCUCCCUGCGGGUGCAGGACCUGAGCCUGCUGCCCACAGCCCCUGCAACACCAUAAAGCUGAGCCCCAUUAAUCUUCUUAAGUCGCCCUGACGGCAGUAAUCACAUUAAACAACUCCUUCCUCCGACACAGCACCAAAACACAAAGGAGAAGGUGGUGGGAAGCCGGCAAAGCUGAGCUCCUUAGUGAAUUAAGGAGCUGCUUUCCACCAUCGAGGCGUGCGUUUUGAGCACCUCUUCCCCACAAACAACGUGUUCCCAGAACUACGCCGACACCACAAAGCUGCAGACCCGCUUUGAUGAAAUUGCCUUUCCCCAAGAGACAUUUCCAGCCGGUUUUUCUAAAUAUUACUCAUAAAGGCCCCCUCCAGACAACCUCUCUCCCUCCCCGACUUUGUUUAUAUGCUUUGAAUUCUGUUAGGAAACCGGCUCCCUACUUCAGCUCUGUUUUAUCCAAGUUUCCAUAUUUAGUUCUUUCAGCUAUUCCUGCUCCUUCCCCAGCCUUCCUGUGCCCGGCGCUGGGACCUGCCGUGUCCCUGCCGUGUCCCUGCCGUGUCCCUGCCGUGUCCCUGCCGUGUCCCUGCCGUGUCCCUGCUGUGUCCCUGCCAUCCCCUUCCCUUGCAGCACCCCGGGGGGAUUUUCUCCCCACCCUCUCUGCCCCCCAAAUUGCACUUUGCCACCUGCAAACCCCAGCUCACUGCCUGGACCCCAUUGGGGUUUUGCCCGCCACCGGGACCCCCACGCUGUGCAGCAGGGAGCGCAGGGCAAUCUGAGCCUGCUGUUAUUUGAGGGAGAGACAGAGUUAAAGUUGGUGAAGGAGGGUUUCCUCGUGGCACGUGGCUGCCAUGUCAAAGGGUGCGCAGCCCGCGGAGGGAACGCAGGGAGAGCACUGCAGGAAUUCACCAUGAGCGAAAAGAGAAGCGGCUCCGGGGGACGUUAGUGUUUGUCUUUGGGGAGCCAAGCUGAUCCCACCCUGCGACGCCUCACCAUGUUCAACGGGGACGCCGGCCCGUCGGCGGGCAGGAAUGUGGUGCGCAGCUCCAGCAUCAGCGGGGAGAUGUACGGCGUGGAGAAGAGCGCGCGGGGCAGCGCCGACUCCGUCAGCAUCACGGCCAGCAAGAAGCGGCGCUCCAGCCUGGGAGCCAAGAUGGUGGCCAUCGUGGGGCUGUCGCAGUGGAGCAGGAGCACGCUGCAGCUCAACCAGAGCGAGGGCGGCCCCAAAAAGCUGCGCAGCAACAUCCGCCGGAGCACCGAGACCGGCAUCGCGGUGGAGCUGAGGACCAGGGUGACCCGGCAGGGCAGCCGCGAGUCCACCGACGGCAGCACCAACAGCAACAGCUCCGAUGGCACGUUCAUCUUCCCCACCGCACGGCUGGGAGCCGAAAGUCAGUUCAGUGACUUCCUGGACGGGUUGGGCCCAGGGCAGCUGGUGGGACGGCAGACUUUGGCCACCCCCCCGAUGGGUGAUGUCCAUAUGGGCAUGGCGGACCGCAGCGGGCAGCUGGAGGUGGAGGUGAUCCAGGCACGGGGCCUCAUCCCAAAGAUGGGCUCCAAAUGCAUCCCAGCCACCUACGUGAAGGUUUACCUGCUGGAAAACGGCGUCUGCCUGGCCAAGAAAAAGACCAAAGCGGUGAAGAAGACCUGCGACCCCUCGUACCAGCAGGCGCUGCUCUUCGAGGAGAGCCCCCAGGGCAAAGUCCUGCAGGUGAUCGUGUGGGGCGACUAUGGGCGCAUGGACAGCAAGUGCUUCAUGGGCAUGGCUCAGAUCGUCCUGGAGGAGCUCGACCUCUCCAGCACCGUGGCGGGCUGGUACAAACUCUUCCCCACCUCCUCUCUGGCCGACUCCAGCAUCGGGCCGCUGGCACGCCGCCUCUCCCAGUCCUCUCUGGAGAGCUCCACCAGUCCCUCCUGCCCAUAGCCGG